UCUUAUCUAAAAAGGAUCAUUUCCGGUUUAUUACUGCAACGUGCUAUGUUGCUAGAUUAUUUAUUUUAAAACGAAAUCUUGGAUGGUCCCGUACUUUUGGCUCCUAAUGCACUUAUUUAGGUUGUUUAUAACGCCACUAUUGUGAUUGUUUUCAAGGUUAUUGUCUGCUAAGCCAAACUUUUGCGGCACGACGAAUAGCAGAGAGGAUGGCAGGGGAAGCCAUAAACGAAGACUAUCCUCAUGAAAUCGACGAACAGCUCACUGGCUUUGACACCGCUGUUUCAAGUGUUAAAAGCAUGUUGGACACUUUAAUUUCAAUGCCCAGAAAUGAUUUGCUGCAAAAGCUGGAUCCAUUGGAGCAGGCAAAACUUGAUCUGAUGUCUGUCUACACAUUGAAUUCUUUGUUUUGGAUGUACUUGGUGACACAAGGCAUAAAUCCAAGAGAGCAUGGCAUCAAACAGGAACUGGAGAGAAUAAGGACAUAUAUGAACAAAGUGAAAGAGAUUACAGAUAAAAAGAAAGCUGCUCGUUUGGAUAAAGGUGCUGCAUCUCGCUUUCUGAGGAACGCGCUAUAUGAUCCAGAGGAGAAGAAUUCAGCAAAGAAAUUGGCAUCCAAGAAAGCAGCAGAGACGUCAUCAGACACACCACAAAGGAAGAGGUCGAAGCUGAGCUGAGGACAGACAGGGUGUGGUUUUGGACAUGUUCUAAGCAUAUUUGAGCCUUCCUAUGUCCAGUUUCAAGUUGAGAUGGAAGAGAGCCUUUAAAUGAAGAGAAGAUGAUUUUAGUAGAAAAAAAGUCAUCUGUGUUUUUGUAUUUUGACAACUUUUACAUAAACAAUAUGCUUUAUUCCAAAAUUUUGUUUUUACAUAUUGAUCCAAACAAUAUGUGAUGUUAAUGUCUGUAAAAGUUAAAGAAACCUCUUAAACUGAGCAUUUUUUUAAUUAGCCUUUUUUUUUUUUUUUUUAACAAGCUUUAAAAGUUAACGUCAGUUUUUGUAUAGAAUCUCCUACUACUUCCCUUUGGCAAUUGCCUUUAGACAGCUCUGAUCUUAAUCUUAAUGCACUGCAAGUCCCAACAUCCCUCUAAUCAAGCUCAGGAAACACUGAGGCAUUGAGUUAGUUGGAGAAAUGUCUCUUUCAUUCUUUUCAUCAUCCUUUUCUUAUCCUCCCGGCAGCAACAGCGUCCAAAAAUUAUAUUUGUUUAGCCAAA